UUGAUCUCGGACAUUCAUUGCUCUCUUUCCAAAUUGUUUUUCUAUCCUCAUAUUUCAUUCAUCGUCUCUUGAUACCAUUCCUUAAAGUCUUGUUCCGUCAAACGAAUUCCAACUAUUCCUCGAUCUUUCCUACUCUAUAUCCCAUCCUUCUUUGGAUAUAUCGACAUACCUAUUACGACAGAAACUUCCUCAAGCCAUUUCCUCGAUCAGUUCCGAACGAGCCACGAAUUUCCCGUAUUUCUGUAGUAUCAUCUUGCACGACAUACACUCAAUAUGACCCGAGUUCACUCUAACUGGAGUGCCUGGAAGGUGGCUGUAACGGCCGCGACCCUCGUCACCGGGGUUCUUGGUGACAACAUUCUCAAGACAUCUGGUGUUGCUGAUUGCGGUUCAGAGCCCGGUAUCAGCAUUGACAAGUUGGACAUCAGUUACGACAACGACAAACAAACUGUCACUUUCGAUGUUGCGGGUACCAGUGACAAGCAGCGAAAUGUCUCUGCCAUCCUCGAAGUCAACGCAUAUGGCCGCAAGGUCUACGAGAAUUCAAUCAACCCCUGCAGUAAAGACACUCCCAUCCCCCAGCUCUGCCCUCUCCCCAACAAGCAUUUCGCUGCCGCUGGAAAUCAAAAGAUAGACUCGGAGUGGGCCAACAAAGUUCCUUCCAUUGCUUUCCAGGUCCCUGAUAUCUCAGCUCAAGCAACUCUCCGACUCGUGUCAGUCGACAAUCCCGAAGAGCAGGUUGCGUGUUUCCAGGCUCAAGUCGGCAAUGGAAAGACUGCCUCCGUUCCCGCUGUCACUUAUCUCUCUGUCGGUGUUGUUGGUGCUGCCCUUCUCGUCUCGGGUGCAUCCGCAGCUUCAUCCGCCCUUAGUGGUACUGCAGGCGCUGGACAUGGUGGUGCUCCUAGUCCAAGCUUUGCCGAGACUCUCGGAUGGUUCCAGGGCAUGGCCAUGAACGGCAUGCUUUCAGUCGACUACCCCCCUGUGUACCGCAGCUUUGCCAAGAACUUCGGCUUCUCAGCCGGUAUCAUCCCAUGGGAGUCUUUGCAGAAGUCUAUCGAUAACUUCCGUAACAUGACCGGAGGUGAUCUUACCAACGACAGCUUCGAGGUGCUCAGAAAUGCUACCCUGGUCUUCUCCGAUAACUCUACCAGCUCUCCCGAGGACCACUCGUAUAAAGUUAAGCGCGCUUUCAACACCUUCGAGUCCUUGGCCAACCUCGCCAUCCGUGGCGUUGAGACUUCAGUGGGUGAUGCGUCAGAGAGUGAAGGUGGGCAAAGCCUCAAGAACCAGACCCUCUCAGUUUCUGGAAUCUCGGCCUACAUUCAGCAGUAUAGUGUUCCCAAGUCCAACACUUUCAUGAUGGUUCUGCUUGUUGUCGCCAUCAUCAUCGCGACCAUCAUUGUCAGCAUUCUUCUCGUCAAGGCUAUCCUCGAAUUCUGGGCUCUGUUUGGCAGCUUUCCACAAUCUUUGGCUGGUUUCCGUGAACAUUACUGGGGGUCCAUUGCCCGUACCAUCACCCAUCUAAUCCUCGUCCUCUACGGUAUCUGGGUAUUGUAUUGUGUGUUCCAGUUUACAGUGGGCGACUCGUGGGCCGCACAGCUAUUAGCUGGUGUCACGCUCGCAAUCUUUACAGCCAUUCUUGGUUGGUUCACGUGGAAAAUCUUCAGCACAGUCAGGAAACUGAAGAGCACUGAGGGCAACGCUGAUGCCUUGUACAACGACAAGGAAAUUUGGGUCAAGUACUCUCUUUUCUAUGAAUCCUAUAAGAAAGAUUACUGGUGGAUCUUCAUCCCCACCAUUGUCUAUCUCUUUGCCAAGGGGUGCACUCUCGCUGUUGGCGAUGGUAAUGGCAUGGCUCAGACCAUUGCCCAGCUUGUUGUUGAGUCCAUUUUCCUGUGCCUCCUCGUCUGGACUCGACCCUUCGAGCGAAAAUCCAGCAACAUCAUUGGUAUCGCCAUUCAGACUGUUCGAGUCCUGUCUGUUGCUCUCAUUCUUGUCUUUGUUCAUGAGCUCAAGAUCCCCCAGGACAGCAAGACAAUCGCUGGUGUAGUCCUCAUUGCAGUCCAGUCUGCUUUGACUGGUCUCUUGGUUAUCCUCAUCAUUUGGAACGCGAUCAACGUUCUCGUCAAGGAGAACCCACACCGCAAGCGAAGAAAGGAGAUGGAGAAAGCCAAGCGUGAUAUGGACACUCUCACCCCUCUGGAUGCCCGCAACUCUCUGCUCCUUGAUCGCAAGGACAACAACAACAUCUCCAUGUUCGCCAUGCCUGCUCCUCAAGAAAAGGGCUCGGGCCGAUCUAUGUCCCCUGACCAAUACAGGGACGCUGAGUCAGGAUAUCAACAACCACCACCAAACUACCUGUCUUCGAGCCCCCCAAUGCAACGAAACCUUACCAACAUGGAGCACAACAACGACUCUCAGUAUCUGAUGGACAACGCCGCACCUGUAGCGUGGACCAACCGAGACCCAAGUCCAGUGGGCAUGGGAAGAUACGACUCUGGGGAUACCGGCUACAGCCCUCUCAACAAGCAACAAACAUAUGGGUAUGGAAAUGGAGGCGGUUAUAGAGGGUUUUGAGGAACAGCUGGCAACAGUUGAGUCUCACUGUCCAUAAUGCGAUUUACCUAGCAUAUUUGGAUAUGCUUGUACAGCUAACGCCAUCUGGCUCUUAUCUAUUCGAUACGAUUUUUGGCUGCUUGUACCAAAAAAAGAUUAUCAAAGUCUGGGUAUCUCUCACUUACAUUUUGGGGGCGGGGUACGGAAGUACUCGAGGUUUACAGCGAAAGACUUUGUUUACUAUGGAAGCGCAUCAAAUCAUUCAUUUUUGUCAAUAGAACCUUUUAACUAUGCAAACAACACUCUCAAUUGUAUCUUUCGUAAAUUU